UGGAACUGCUGUACUGAGGGCGGAAAUGUUCGCGGCGGAAGUGGUAGCUGCGCAAGUUGUGGGUGGAAUGACUGCGGGCCGGCUCGUUCGAAGGCUGUUGCGAGCACCUUCCAGCUCCAUGGUUCGGAGCGCAGUCCGUGGCGUGUGCCCCUCCAGGGGCUUGCACGCGGAGUGCGGGCCUCGAAGGCUCUCCAUCGAAGGAAAUAUUGCCGUGGGAAAGUCCACCUUUGUGAAGUUACUCACGAAAACUUACCCCGAGUGGCACAUAGCUCCAGAGCCUGUAGCGACAUGGCAGAGUGUCCAGGCUGCUGGCACCCAAAAAGCCUUCACUGCCCAGAGUCUUGGAAACUUGCUGGAUAUGAUGUACCAGGAGCCAGCUCGAUGGUCCUACACAUUCCAGACGUUUUCUUUUAUGAGCCGCCUGAAAGUACAGCUGGAGCCCUUUCCUGAGAAACUGUUACAAGCCAGGAAGGCGGUACAGAUCUUUGAGAGGUCCGUGUACAGUGACAGGUAUAUCUUUGCGAAGAAUCUUUUUGAAAAUGGUUCCCUCAGUGACAUCGAAUGGCAUAUCUAUCAAGAUUGGCAUUCUUUUCUCCUGCAGGAGUUUGCUGGCCAGCUGAGAUUACAUGGCUUCAUCUACCUCCAGGCUACUCCCCAGAUGACAUUGAAUGAUAAAAUGUUUGCCAGGUGGAGAGAGGAAGGGAAGCAAUCAAGCAAAACAAACAUUGGGAGCAGAAGUCUCAAGGUUUGUUUGAAGAGACUCCACCAGAGGGCCAGGAAAGAGGAGAAGGGAGUUGAGCUGGCGUAUCUGGAGCAGCUUCAUGGUCAGCACGAAGCCUGGCUUGUUCACAAGACAACUGAGCUCCACUUUGAGGCUCUGCUGAACAUUCCAGUGCUGGUGUUGGAUGUCAAUGAAGAUUUUUCUAAAGAAGUAACCAAACAAGAGGAACUCGUGAAAAAGGUAAACACCUUUGUAAAGAAUCUGUAACCAGUACUGGGAUGUUCUGGCCAUGACCUGGGCUCUCUGACUUUCUAAAGCUGGAAAAAUCCUAAGUCCUGUACCUUGCCAUCUCCUUUUACCCCUAGAGUCCUCUGACCCUCGGGUCCCUGGUUUGUGUUAGCCUUUGACUUUGCAAUUCCCGUCUUUUAUAUCUCAAGGACUUCUAAAAUAAAGUGGAAGUUUUGCUUCUUUUGCUAA